CAUCACGCUUCCGUAUCCCUUGCUGCUGCAGAAGAGCGCGCGGGAGGCCCUCGGUAUCAAGCUCGAAGGGAACGUCGUGAUCAUUGAUGAGGCUCACAACAUCAUGGACGCCGUGGCCAACGUCCACGCAGCUGAAAUCCGCCUGAGCGAGCUGAGAAGAGCAAGGCAAAUGCUGGGCCUGUACGUGAAACGGUUCGGCAAGAAACUGAAAGCGGAAAACCGGGUCAUGGUGGCGCAGGUGGGAAAGGUUGUCGAGUCUCUGAGCGAGUGCUUGAACGCACUGCUCAGUGUCAAGGUAAGCUUCCAGCUUUUAUGGGACAAACGAGUGCUAACUCUCCUCAGGGUGGCCAAGGCAUAGUCGACUCGAACACAGUUUUAAAGGCCCGAGGCGCAGACCUGAUCAACCUAUAUCAGCUCGUCAGGUACAUUCAAGAGUCAAAGCUGGCAUACAAGGUCGAGAGCUAUGCCAGUUACGCCGAGGAGCAGGAAUCAACGACUGCUAAUGGCAGCAAGCCUCCGACGUCAACACCCGUCCUCCAUACUCUUGUCUCCUUUUUGACGUCCCUCACCAACCUGAGCACCGAGGGCCGGAUAUUCUAUGAGAAAAUCUCUUCCACUCCGUCCGACAUUAAGCUCUCGUACCUCCUUCUAUCGCCGACGCACGCAUUCUCGUCCAUCGCCUCCGCCGCCAGAGCCGUCAUCCUUGCCGGCGGCACCAUGUCGCCAUUCGACGACUACAGGGCACAUCUGUUCCCGACUCUCCCACCGGACAAGAUCACCACCCUCAGCUGCGGGCACGUCAUCCCAUCGUCAAAUCUAUUUGUUUGGACCCUGGCGUCAACGAAACCGAUCCCCCCAGGCAGUAGCACCGCCUCCGAUUCGUUCGAAUUCAGCUUCCAGAAACGUAGCGAUCGCGCCAUGAUCCGCCAGUUGGGUCUCGCGCUGCUGAACAUCUGUUCUGUCGUGCCCGAUGGUGUGGUCGUCUUCUUCCCCAGCUACGGCUAUCUCGACGAGGUCGUCGCGUCAUGGCAGACGCCCGACAACCCCGCGUCUCAAGGCGCGCCGGGAACAGCCGGCCCUGCCACCGCGGCGCCAACGAUCUGGGACCGCCUGGCCGCCAAAAAGGCCCUCUUCCGCGAAACGAAAGGCGGCUCAAGCGAGGACAUCCUGCAACAAUACAGCGCCGCAAUCCUCUCCCCUGAACCAACAUCGGGCCCUGCGCAACAGCAACCGCCCACCAGCCAAAAACCGAAGACGGGCGCCGUCCUUCUCAGCGUCGUCGGCGGCAAGCUCUCCGAGGGCAUCAACUUCGCCGACCGCCUCGGCCGCUGCGUCAUCGUCGUCGGCCUGCCCUACCCCAACAUCCACGCGCCCGACUGGAAGGCCCGGCUGGAGUACGUCGAGGCCACCGCGCUCUCGCGCCUGCGCGACCACACGCACACGAACACGCGGGCAGAGCGCCCGGUGCAAGACCAGGACCAGGACCAGGGCCAGAACCCCCUGCCAACGCCAACGCGAGAGGACCGCGAGCAAGCGAAGCAGGCGGCCCGCGAGUUCUACGAGAACGCGUGCAUGCGGGCCGUCAACCAGAGCAUCGGGCGGGUGAUCCGGCACCGCGGGGACUACGCGGCCGUCGUGCUGGUCGACCGGCGGUUUGGCGCCGAGAGGGUGAGGGCGAAGCUGCCCGGGUGGAUCCGGGCGGGUCUGCCGAGCGCGGGGGAGGAGGCGAGGGGGUUGGUUGGGUUGAUGGGUGGUUUGGGUAGGUUUUUUCGGGGGAGGGAGUGAGCUGGUGAGCUGGGUGAGAGGGUGGGUGUUGUGGUUCUGUUGAUUGAUUAUUUAUGUGGAUAAUGCUGUGUUCCUCUCGCGUGGAGGAGAGGUUGCUGGCAGUCAUGAAGCCGCCACGCUGUCGCUUCAUGACAGACAACGACUUGCGUGGUUUU